AUGUUCUUCGACGGCGAUACCGGGGACACCAGCGCACAGCUGACGUGGUCCAAUGUCGGUCUCGGCUUCCUCUUCAUUGUAUUCGAUUCGGUCCUCUCUGGCGUCCUCGGCCUGGGAAUCGGCCGCAGCCUCAUCGUCGCUGCCCUCCGAUGCGUCCUCCAGCUUUCCAUUAUGAGCCUGAUCCUCGGCAAAGUGUUUGCUAGUCAAAACAUCUUUGCCGUGGCCGGUAUCGCCCUUCUCCUCAACGUCCUCGGUGCCAUCGAGGCGACCUUUAACAAGGCCAAGAGGCGCUUCACCAACAUGUUCCCUUGCAUUCUUCUGUCCAUGAUCUGCGGCGCCAUCCCCAUUUCCGUCCUGGGAUCCAAGUAUGCCAUGGCCCAGCACCCCUUCUGGCAGCCAGACCAGUACAUCCCUAUCCUGGGUAUGCUGCUGGGUAAUGCCAUCUCCGCCAUUGGUGUAGGCAUGAACACUGUCCAAAAGGAAUUUGCAGAGAACCGCGACCGCGUCGAGACAUACCUCGCAAUGGGCGCCAGUCGUUUCGAGGCAUGCCAGCCCAUUGCGGUCGAGGCGCUCAAGCUCGCCCUCUUGCCGACUGUAAACCAGAUGAGCAUUAUUGGUCUCAUCUCCAUCCCUGGCAUGAUGACCGGUGCGAUUGUUGGUGGCAAGUCGGUCGAGCAAGCCGCAAGGCUCCAGAUGAUCAUCAUGUUCAUGAUCUCGGCAUCGUCCGCACUGUGUACCCUCGCAUCCCUCUUCUUCGCCCUCACGACCCUCAUUGAUAGUCGCCAGCGUAUCCGUACGGACCGCCUCGACUCGCGCGCGCCAGCAAUGUAUCGCGCCCGCGACGCUCUUCUCCGCAAGUGUGCCAAUGGACUCCGCUACCUCGUGUGCUGGGGACAGCGUGAGCGCGGAACCGAGGAGGAGAGGCAGGGCCUGCUCAAUGGCAACCAUUAG